GGAUUGUUCCAUGCGACGUGCGCCGAAGUCCACGGCAAUGUGACCGAAACCGAGUUCGCGACGUUCACUUUCAUAUCGGAGACCAGCUCUCAACACACCCCUGCCACUACCAUGCCCGCAGCGUCUGUCGAGUUCGACAACCUCAAUUUCGAAUACAUCGAGCAAUUCGCCGGCGUCGACUACACCGCUGGCCAUGUGCUCAAGGACAUCAACUGCUCGUUGCAGAAGGGGCAGCGCAUUCUCUUGAUCGGUGGCAACGGCGCAGGGAAAAGCACCCUGCUAAAGAUCGUUGGUGGCAAACACUUGCCAACCUCAGGUUCCUCGACGACGUAAUGUUGAUCCCGGAUGUAACUUCAGCGCCAUCUAGGAAUGUGCUGGCAAUUGGGACGUCGCGACAGCUUCCGCGACACCCGACUCAACCUCCAGCGCACGAUGGCAGCGGCCGACUGGGGUACACGGUCCAUUGCAUUCGCCUCGCACGCUGCAGCGUACUCUGCCGACAUUGCUGUCGCAGACAUGAUGGUCGCCUUGCAAACGACCUUCCCAGAUCGCCGCCGCGAGUUGCUCAGCUGCCUCCGCAUCGACACGUCGUGGCGCAUGUACAAGUUAUCCACGGGCCAGCGAUGCCGCGUGCAACUCUUCCUGGCGCUGUUGUGGCCGUCCGAACUUAUUGUACUCGAUGAAGUGCUCGGCAGUUUGGAUAUCGUGUCGCGCGUAAACCUACUGGCGUUCCUUCGACGCGAGAGCGAAGGCCCACUGAAAGCCACGGUGAUAUUGGCGUCGCACGUAUUUGAUGGCAUGGAAGAGUGGGCAUCCCACGUCAUGUACUUGCGGUCGGGGCAUGUGCACUUUUUUGAUGCGCUCGCCAACGUCCCACUGGCUGGACGCAGCCAACUGUCGCUGUACCACACGGCGGACGAAUGGCUCCGCGAAGAAGACGUUUCCCCCGAGAAGGAGGACAAGGCGUCAGGGACUCUGGAACAUGCGCAGAACCGAGCGGGCGGGUUUGCCAACGGCCGCCUUGGCGAAUACCUGAGCCUGCCAUGAAAACCUUAAAGCACAAGCAACUUGGAAGGUGCCAAGCAGCGCCGUUAGAAUAAGAAUUACGCGCAGGAAUCUACCACAUACAGGUCGAACGCAGCGUGUCCUCUGUUGCAAGCUGUAGCAUCUUGGUCAGUGUAUAGCCUGCCGUCAAACCUGCCAGCUUGUCACCUUUCCAGCACUCAAGAUCUCGAAACUAGCGUAGAGUAUGUAGGCCAGCGCAAUUGGUGGCGGACGAGUUGACGUGGGUCAAAUAUCAUACAAAGUCGAGAAUCGUAACCCACCGUGUU